ACGAGCGUUGUCGACUUUCUCCGAGUGAACCCGAGCGAUGAGGAUCAGCUGACCGAGAGGCUCUAGUCGGAACAUUCCUCGUUUCAGUGAAACAAACGAACAUAAAGAACAAAUCUUCUGACUGAUCGAUUAACCGAACACUGACAUGCCGUCGCUUCUGUUCUGCGGGCCGAAGAUGGCCGCGUGCGGGAUAGUGAUCAGCAUCUGGGGGGUCAUCAUGCUGGCGAUGUUGGGAAUCUUCUUCAGCGCCAAGUCGGCCGUGCUGAUCGAGGACGUCCCGUUCACUGAGGAGGACAUUCGUAACGAUAAGAACCCUCCUCAGAACAUCUACGGUCUCUACAACCAGGUCGGCAUCAACUGCUUCAUCGCCGCCGGCAUCUACGUGGCCGUGGGCGCCGUGUCGCUCUGCCAGGUCCGACUCAACAAGCGGCAGGAGUACAUGGUCACAUAGACCCGCCCCCCCAUGUCACACCACUUCCUGUACGACCGACCAAUUGGCCGUCUGUUAGAUCUGGUUGGUUGAGAUUAAAGAAGUGAAGUCAGAAUAAUUUAUUUUACAGUUAAACCUUUGAUGUUUGUUGUUUGUGUGAACGUUACAUUCCUUCUGCUCGUCACAUUCAUUUUGUUUCAUGACUAGAUUCUAUUUAACGAGGAAACAAAUAUGAAUGAGUUCAUGCUCCAUGAAAGCAGACGUUGGUCUGAGUCGGUCUUCUGCUGUCUUCAGAAUAAAUCUAAAUGUGUUCUUUGAUGUUGAUGCUGCUGUGGAUCAAACGGAAAAGUCUUUAUUGUGACAAGUUCUGGUGGGAAAUCCUUUGCAAUAAAGUGUGUGUGUAAAAACAA